AGUGAAGUUUUCACAAUGGGCAGCACCGGUCGUUGUAGUAAAAAAGCAAAUGGUGCCAUUCGCAUAUGUGGAGAUUACUCCACUGGCCUCAACGAUGCGCUACAGCCAAAUGAUUACCCGUUGCCUUUACCGGAUGACAUAUUUUCAAAGUUGGCUAAUUCAAUAAUUUUCAGCAAGAUAGACCUAACCGAUGCUUUUCUGCAAGUGGAAGUCGAGCCGCAGUACCGCCCACUGCUUACAAUAAAUACGCAUCGCGGGUUAUAUCAUUAUAACCGCCUUCCACCAGGAGUUAAGGUCGCUCCAGCUGCGUUCCAGAUGAUCAUGGACAAAAUGUUAGCCGGUCUAAAUAACGUUUCUGGAUACCUGGAUGACAUUAUAGUCGGGGGCACUUCAGAAAAAGAGCACGACGAGAUUUUAGCCAAAGUAUUCCAACGCAUUCAAGACUUUGGAUUCACGAUUCGUGUUGAUAAAUGCGCAUUUAAAAUGCAGCAAAUAACAUAUCUCGGACACGUAAUUGAUCGUCGUGGACUAAGGCCUGAUCCCGCAAAAAUCCAGGUUAUCAAAAAUCUUGCUGAACCAACAGAUGUCACCGGUGUUAGAUCCUUUUUAGGUGCAAUCAACUUCUACGGGAAGUUUAUACCAGACAUGAGAAAGUUGAGGCAUCCUUUGGAUAAUUUACUUAAGGCAAAUACUCCAUUUCAUUGGUCGUCGGAAUGUAAACGGGUUUUCAGAGAGUUUAAGACGAUUUUAUCGUCAGACCUACAAUUGGCUCACUACGAUCCGCAAGAAAAGAUUGUGAUCUCGACGGACGCAUCAUCAAUUGGCCUUGGGGCAACUAUAAGCCAUCUGUACCCCAAUGGUCUCAGACGUGUAGUACAACACGCUUCUCGUGCCCUUACUGAGGCAGAACGUCGGUACAGCCAGAUCGAUCGAGAGGGACUAGCGAUCAUUUACGCAGUAAAAAAGUUCCACAAAAUGAUUUUUGGUAGGCAUUUUACGCUUCAGACUGAUCAUCGACCUCUACUGCAUAUAUUCGGAUCGAAGAAAGGCAUCCCAAUAUUUACUGCUAACCGUCUUCAGCGUUUCGCGCUUACUUUGCUGGCCUACGAUUUUAACAUUGAGUACGUGCGCACCGACGAUUUUGGAAAUGCUGAUUUGCUCUCACGACUCAUUAACACGCACACCAAGCCAGAUGAAGACUGUGUUAUAGCAAGCGUGAACUUGGAAGAAGACAUUAAAUCGGUGGCAAUAAGCGCGCUUGAUUCACUACCGCUGAACUUUGCUGAUCUCGCCAGAGAAACAAAACGAGACCCACUUCUGAAAAAGGUGUCAGUUUACAUCAGCGAAGGCUGGCCCAGAAACGCAGCGUUUACCGAUGAGCUUGCUCGUUUUAAUGCAAGGAAAGAUGCACUAACAACCGUAGAGAAUUGCAUUCUUUUCGGUGAGAGGGUGGUAAUCCCUAAAAAGCUGCAACAAAAAUGUCUUCAGCAGGUGCAUCAGGGCCAUCCAGGAGUGCAGCGUAUGAAAGCGUUAGCUAGGAGUUUCUUUUAUUGGCCUACAAUAGAUGCUGACAUCGAGGUAUGGGUGAAGACAUGUCACCCAUGUCAAGCAGCUGCCAAAUCACCCGCACAUUCCGCUCCGGUACCAUGGCCGAGGGCAGCAGGCCCAUGGCAACGUUUACACGUCGAUUUUGCGGGCCCACUAGACGGUGAUUAUUACUUAAUUGUCGUAGAUUCGUUUUCUAAAUGGCCCGAAAUAAUCCGUACCAGUAACGUUACAGCGAAAGCUACUAUAGCCAUGUUACGCUCACUUUUCGCUCGUUUUGGAAUCCCGAAAACGUUGAUAUCGGACAACGGUACACAGUUCACCAGCGAGGAGUUCGGACUAUUCUGCGACCGCAAUGGCAUCGAACACAUCACAACGGCCCCCUACCAUCCGCAAUCUAACGGGCAAGCUGAAAGAUUUGUGGACACUUUCAAGCGAACAGUCAGAAAGAUAUCUGCGGAUGGUACCUCACUACAAGAAGCGCUGGAUACAUUCCUACUAGUAUAUCGAAGUUCGCCAAACCCUUCGUUAGGAAAUGCUAAGUCACCGGCGGAUAUCAUGUUGGGAAGGCAAAUGCGCACAACUUUAAACCUGCUCCGUCCACCAAGUCCUGAAACCAUUAGUAUGGAAAACGAACCGAAACCAAGCAGACAGUUCCAACCCAACGAUCUAGUCUAUUUUAAACGCUUCGCAGGUAACGGAUGGAGAUGGGUAGCUGGUACAAUUGUUAAGCAAAUAGGUCAUGUCAUGUAUAUGAUUGGAACGGAUGAUCAGAAAAUGUUUAGAUCUCAUAUUAACCAGAUACGCAAGCGCUACGAGAGGCAUCAUCACGUUCCGGCUUCGGUCACCCAUCGUAAGCUGCCUAUAGAUGUUUUGUUGGAUACCUGGCAGCUAACACCGCAACCAUCUACUGGCACGUCCCGCAUACCACCACAGCCAGUCGACCCCGAGCAUGUGGACAUCUCUGUGUCCCCUCAUCAGCCGUCAUCCGAGACCAACGGUCCUUAUGUUCCCGCUACUUCGCCAGCGACAUACACACGCCCGACGACACGACCUGUUCCAUCGUGUGCUUCGGCCCAGGUGCCACGACGGUCUUCUAGAGUUAGAAAACCGCCCAGUCGGUUCGACGUGUACCGUCGGUUUAAAAAAAGAGGGGGAGAUGUUAGAUGA